ACGAGAACUGCGGUUUAAAAUUUAAGGCAACUAAACCCGUAAUGAAACAAAAAUUAUUGAAAGUUUAAAAAAUCAAAAAAGAUUUUUAACAAGCACAAAAUUACAAUACUAAUAAUUAGCAACUUUUUGUGUACAUUAUACAAAUUUAAAUUUUAAAAACUACUUAUUAAUUCAUUUAAUUUAUAAUUAAUAAAGUAUUAAUUAUCCAUUACGAGGGUUAAAAAUAAUUUAUUCAUUUUUCUAUUUAAUUUAAAUAAUAAAUAUUAACCCUUAAUCAUGAUUUUAUUGUAUAUAUUGAAUUUUAUUCCAUUUCCGUGAGUUUUCCGUGAGAUUUCCAGGAGUGUUACAUUCAAAAUUAAUACAAGUACGUUGGCAACUGUGUAUUUUCUUAUAAUAUUCAAAUAAUAAAAUAUUUUUUUAGUUUAAUUAAUAAAAUAAUAUCGAAAAAAAAUGUUACAAUUAAUAAUUGAAAUUGUUAAAUAAUAAAUAUAAUUAAUAAUAAAAAAAUAAUUCUAAUCUAAAAUUAAUUAAAAUUGUACAAGUAAGGAAAGAAUAAUAAAAUUAUUCUAUUUAAAUAAAAUUAAUUAAUAUAAUUCGACCAAAAUGGAAUGUGAUGAUGAUAAGGUUCAGAAAACAACAAGAAAUUCAAUAUCAAAUAAUGAUGUUGUUAAUGUGAAUUCUUCACGUUUAGAACAAAAACGGAAAUCAGAGGGUCAUCAAUUAUUUGUUCAUGAUGUUAAUCGUGGAAAAUGGGCAAAUAAAACAGAAUUUUUAUUAUCUUGUAUAAGUUAUGCAAUUGGUAUUGGUAAUGUUUGGAGAUUUCCAUAUUUAUGUUAUAGAAGUGGUGGUGGUGCAUUUUUAAUACCAUACCUAUUAAUGUUGUUUAUAUGUGGUGUACCGUUAUUUUUAAUGGAAAUUAUUAUAGGACAAUUUUCAAGUACAGGAGUUUUGGGAAUGUUUCGGAUGUGCCCAUUAUUUAAAGGUGCUGGUUACACAAUCAUUUUAUUAAAUUUUUAUUGCAUUUGUUAUUAUUCUGUGAUAAUAACUUAUCCUGUAAUAUAUUUAACUAGGAUAUUUACUAAAAAAUUACCAUGGACAGAUUGUAAUAAUCCAUGGAAUACUCCAAAUUGUAUAGCAUUUCAUAAGGACUCACCAAUUUUGCAAUCAAAUGUAACUUUAAAAGGUUUCAAAACACCAUCGGAUGAAUUUUUUCACAUUGAAAUAUUAAAAAUUUCUAGUGGAAUACAAGAAGUUGGAACAAUUGUAUGGCCUUUAUUAAUUUGCUUAUUUAUUGUUUGGUGUAUCACGUAUAUCUGCAUACAUUCCGGAGUUAAAACGGUGGGAAAAGUUGUGUAUUUUACAGCUAUUUUUCCAUAUGUCAUAUUAAGUAUUUUAUUUGUACGGGGUAUCACAUUGCCAGGUGCAUCAAAAGGAAUUAAAUUUUAUUUACAACCAGAAUGGAAUAAACUUUUGGAUUUAAAAGUAUGGGCUGAUGCUGCUAUUCAAAUUUUUUAUUCAUUGGGACCUGGUUGGGGUGGAAUCGUUAAUACAGCCAGUUACAAUGAUUUUAAAAAUAAUGCAAAAUUAGAUGGAGUUAUUAUACCAAUUAUCAAUAGUUCAACAAGUAUAUUUGCUGGAUUUGUUGUUUUUUCAGUUUUAGGAUAUCUUUCAGAAAUAACUGGUAUUUCUGUUUCUGAAGUUGCAACUUCUGGUGCUGGAUUAGCAUUUGUUACUUAUCCACAAGCAAUUUCAAUGUUACCAUUCCCUCAAUUAUGGGCUGCAUUAUUUUUCUUUAUGUUAUUUCUUUUAGGAUUAGGAAGUCAAUUCAUACAAAUUGAGGCGAUAAUAUCAACUUGUUUGGAUGAAUGUCACUCAUUAAGAAAUCAUAAGAAAAAAGUCACAUUCAUCUCAUGUGUUAUUCUUUUCUUCUUAUCAAUUUCUAUGGUUACAAAUGGUGGUAUAUAUAUUCUUCAACUACUAGAUUGGUAUUCAGCUUCAAUUUCAGUUAUAUUAGUUUGUAUUAUUGAAGUAGGAAUAGUUGCUUAUUCAUAUGGUGCUAAACGUUUUGCUAAUGAUGUGUAUUUUAUGCUAGGAAAAUAUCCCGAAAAAUUUUGGACAAUUAGUUGGCAAUAUACAACUCCAAUCGUUUUAAUGUUUAUAUUUGCUACAACAAUUUUAUUUAAUCGUAAUGUCUCAUACAAUAAUAAUCCAUAUCCAUCAUGGGCGAUUGCAAUUGGUUGGUGUACAUGUGCAUCAUCUAUUGCAUGUAUACCAAUUUAUAUAAUUUAUUUAUUAUGUAAAUCGAAGGGUAAAACAAAAGAUAUAUUAAAAAAAUAUACAAAAGCAUUUGAUUGGACACCCGCAUCUCCAGAAAAUAGAAGACUGUAUGAGAAUUUUCGAAAGGAAAAAGAUGCAGAGGAUCAAGAACGAAAAGCUACACAAAUUCAAUUGGAUGAAAGACGAAAAAAAGAGAAUAAAAAUCGGCUUUACCCUUAAGAAAAAUGAGGAUGUUGGAGCACAAUUAUAUUUUUUUUCUUCUCUCAAUUCGUCGUUCUAUCGUAAUAUGAUAUUAUAAAUUUUCUGAUGUUGCCAUAUAUUUAGAAUAAUUUAUUAUUUUUAAUUUAUAGUUUUAAAUUUUUAAAAUUAUUAAAAUGCAUUCUAAAAUAUUAUUUAUAAAUGUAAUUAAAAUGUUAAAACAAUGAAUAUACUUUUAGCCGUAAAUUAUUUUAAAAUUAAAAUUUAAUAAGUAGCUACUUCUUCUCAAUAUUUGAAUUAGAAAGAAAAUAAUUGAAAUUUCAAAAAAAACAAAAAAGUUCUAAUUGCUUGUCAAUUUCAAAAGAAUCUAUUCAAUAAAGAAACAAAUUCUCAAUAUAGCUAUAAGAUUAAUUGUUAUAUUAAAAUAAUAUCUUAUUAAUAUACACCUACAUACAUAUGCACAUUGUAUAAAUAGCUAGUGUAUAAAGCAUUGCAUAUACUUGUUAGUUAUAUAGGUGAAAAAAUUUGUAUAGCAAAUCCGGUUUAAGAAUUUCAAAUAAAAAUAAAAAAAGUUU